UCAACUUCCGUGUUUCAAAAGCUUGGUAGCAACGAACAAACUGCACAGGGGGCUGCGAGUUAAACAACAACGUCUAACAGGCGCUUGUUUCAUCACAUCUACAAAAAGAAGCUGCAUGUGCUGCCAUCUUCAUUAUGCAGGGUGUUUUGUGCCGGGAUGGGAUCUCCAACAAAAGAUGCAACGCCUCGCAGAGCCAACAUCAAGACCCCUGGUCGGGAACCUGACUCCCCACUUCCCCCCAUCAAUGAGCGUCUGGCGUACCUGCGUCCAUCCAGGGAGCUAUUGGAGUUCUACAGAGAGAAGAUCGCACAGUACGAUGGGGAACAUGAGGAGCUGCUGAAGAUGCUAGAGAAGCAUAAAAGCAUCACAGAGGACCAGCAUAAGCUACAGUGGGAGGUACGACAGCGCGAGGGAGAGAUUGCUGAGCUGCAAAACGCUCUGAGUGACAUGCAGGUCUAUCUUUUUCAAGAGAGGGAGCAGUCUCUCAGACUUUACGCAGAAAAUGACAGACUGAAGAUCAGAGAGCUAGAGGACAGGAAGAAAAUCCAACACCUUCUUGCCCUGGUGGGUCCUGAUGCAGGAGAGAUCACAUAUUUCCACAGAGAGCCGCCGCACAAGGUUACUAUCACUCAGAGAAACCAUGAGGCCAGAUUGGAGGAAAAUCUCAGUCUCAGACCUUCAAAGUUUAGAGCUUCUGUGAAUGUGAAAGAUGUUGUGUCUGUUCAAUUAGAGAGUAGCAGGAGAACAAAACCAGCAGACGGGGUGAAUGGAGAGAGCCUGGAACAAUACAAGAACGAUAACCAGACGUUGUUACUUCAGGUGGGGGCGCUGCAGGCUCAGAUGGAGGAACAGGUGCGUCUGGCCAAAGAACAGAUAGAGGGUCUGAUGGAGGAUAGACGGAUUAAAACAGAGGAGGCACAUGCACAACGACAGAGAGACCAGGAGCGAAUCACAGCUCUGACUGACAAGCUCCAGCGAACCCAGAACCUGUUGUAUGAGAGCACCAAAGAUUUCUUACAGUUAAAGUUUGACAGUCGGGCUCAUGAGAAGAGCUGGAUGGUGGAGAAAGACCGGCUGCUGAGGGACCUGGACUCCUGCCACAACCGUCUGAGGAAAACCGGGUCCGCUGGCACUGAGCCGGGCCGAACGUCGCAGCCCAGCGACAGCAUGGCCGGCCGCCUCCCGCAGCCUCAGCCACAGUCACAACGGACACACAAAGAGGAGCUAAAGGCAAUGCAGGAGGAUUUGAAGCAAGCCCACCGUCUCGCCGAGAUGUACAGGGAGCAGUGUAUUACUCUGGAGACAGAAUUGGCCCAAAACCGAGAGGAGGGUGAUGUGGGCAGGGACAUAUUUAAGGAACGCUCAGAGAAAAUGGCCAAGCGUCUUCAGCUGAUGACUCAGCGCUAUGAGGCGCUGGAGAAGAGGAGAGUCAUGGAGGUGGAGGGCUUCAAGACUGACCUGAAGCACCUCAGGCAGAAAUUCAAGGAUGUUGAAAAACAGCUCCUCAAGGUGACUCUGAAUGUCGGACCCAACCAGGACCUAGCUGUUCUGCACGAAGUACGCCAGACCAACGCCAGGACAAAAAAGGUUCAGGGUGAGCUGAUGGCGCUGAAGGCUAAAAUCUACGGGCUGGAAAAUGAGCUGCGGUUUAGCUGAAGAACGGACUGUUGAGGCCUUGUGUGGUUUAUGUAUGUUUGUGCUACUGUGUUUAUUACUUAGUUGUGGACUGAAUUUUGUUUUUUUCCUUGCUGUAUUUUGGACCAAUAAAGAUGUUUUGUUACAAUGAUUUUAAAUCGGUGAACACUUUUAUUACUUGUAUAAGUUUGUAGAAAAUAAAAGAAUGCACAUAUUCUCCGAUGGGAUAAUGUGUGUGUAUAUACUGAUAUAUAUAUAUAUAUAUAUA